AUGGACCACACUUAUGACAACAGAAACGGAGGAUAUCCUCAGCCCCCUCCGUACAGCCCCGGGGACCAUGGACAGAGUUCGUAUACUGGGAUGAGCUAUGACGUGGAGAAGGGCAGCGUUGCAGUGGUCUCCCCUCCUGGAACCUAUGAUAACAUGGUCCAUCCUGUGGGCCUGGGAGCAGGUGGAGACAACCAGCAAUGUGACCAAUCUCCACCCGUCUACUCUCCCGGCUUAGAGGAUAGCGCCUUCAGUGACGCUGCCAUACGGAGAGGUUUUAUAAGGAAAGUCUACUUGACCUUGAUGAUUCAGCUGCUAGUGACUGUGGGGAUCAUCUGCGCUUUUCUUUACUGGGACACACUUAGGAAAUGGGCAUGGAACAACUACUGGUUCACCUACACCAUGAUGGCGGUGGUACUCGUCCUCAUUGUGGCCCUGUCAUGCUGUGACAGUCUCCGGCGUCGAGUCCCCCUCAAUUUUAUUGCCCUGGGCCUGUUUACUGUUGCAGAGGGCCUGAUGCUUGCAUCUGUGGCGGCGUAUUUUGAUGCUGAAGCAGUCAUGUGGGCUGUUGGGGCAACAGCAUUUGUGUCCCUUUCCCUGAGCCUGUUCGCCAUGCAGUCAAAGUGGGACUUCACCACAGCAAGUGGGUGCCUGUGGGUGCUUAUCUGGACCCUCUUUUCAUUCGCCCUCCUCUGUGCAAUCCUCCGAUCACAGUAUGUUUACAUCGUAUAUGCCUGCCUGGGAACACUGCUGUUUUCUUUAUACUUGGUGUUUGACACUCAGAUGAUCCUGGGUGGAAAACACAGGAAGUAUCAAGUCUCUCCCGAGGAGUACAUCUUUGCUGCGCUCAACCUCUAUUUGGACGUCGUCACCCUGUUCCUCUUCUUGCUGCAGCUCAUCGGCCUCUGCCGCUGA